GCGGGGCGCCCAAUCGCGGCGCGUAAACUGAAAGUUGGUUGUUGUCACCGGCUAGCAGCUAACGGCUAACAGCUAGCCUUUUGCAGCUUAGUCGAGCUUCUCAGGGAGUACCGUAUCGCUCUUGACGAACAGUUUGAAAGUUGUCACUACGUACCGUGUCGUCCCUGAACCGCGAAAUAUGACCUCUGCACUGCCUGAUCCGACACUUGAGCGUAAUUUCAAGGGUCACAAGGAUGCUGUGACGAGUGUGGACUUCAGCAGCAACAUGAAACAGAUUGCCACAAGCUCCACUGACUGCAUCGUGAUGAUCUGGAACAUGAAACCUCAGAGGCGUGCGUAUCGUUUUGACGGACAUGAAGACUCUGUCACCUCGAUCCAGUUUUCUCCCUCAGGACACCUGGUAGCCUCCUGCUCCAAAGACAAGACUGUACGCCUUUGGGUGCCCAACAUGAAGGCUCAGUCAACCGUAUUCAAGGCUCACACGGCCACUGUGCGUAGUGUGAACUUCUCCGGGGAUGGUCAGGCUCUGGUCACGGCGUCCGAUGACAAGACAGUCAAGGUCUGGGCCGUUCACCGACAAAAGUUCCUGUUCUCCCUCAAUCAGCACAUCAACUGGGUCCGCUGUGCCAGGUUUUCUCCAGAUAGCCGCUUGAUCAUUUCCUCAAGUGAUGACAAAACCAUUAAGCUCUGGGACAAGAACAGCAGGGAAUGUAUUCAUUCUUUCUACGAACAUGCAGGUUAUGCAAACCAUGUGGAUUUCCAUCCCAGUGGAACAUGCAUCGCUGCAGCCAGUACUGACAAUUCAGUGAAGGUGUGGGACAUUCGAUCCCUUAAGAUGCUGCAACAUUACCAAGUCCACAGUGGGGUGGUGAACAGUUUGUCUUUCCAUCCAUCUGGUAAUUUCCUCCUCACCGCGUCUAACGAUUCCACAACCAAGAUAUUGGACCUUGUGGAAGGAAAACUGUUGUUUACACUGCACGGACACCAGGGUCCAGUAAAUUGUGUGGCUUUUUCCAGAACAGGAGAGUACUUCGCCUCUGGAGGUUCUGAUGAACAGGUGAUGGUGUGGAAGAGCAACUUUGAUGAGAGCAGUGACACAGCCAGGGUGCAGCGGUCCAACGCUCCCACCCACCAGACCUCGGAACCAGCUCAAACAGCUGCCAAAAUAGGCCGCGGUCACAGUGGAGCCAAGCAUCCCAACACCCACAAGAGUUCGAGCACCAGUUCCACCUCCAUCAACGUAAAAGGCCACGGCACGGCUCAACAGUCCCUCCAAGUGCCCCACACCCUGGAGGGAACUGCGGCCCCUGGUCUAACCAACACACUUCAACACAUUAUGGGUCAACUAGACAUUCUCACCCAGACGGUGUCCUACUUGGAACAGCGGCUGACGCUGACCGAAGACAAGCUGAAGGAGUGUUUGCAGAACCAGGGGGCGUCUCACGCGCAAACGUUUCCAGACGAGACGAGCUGGACCCCGGUCGCCCCAUACUGAGCCUCGCCGCGUGAUGAUCCAACUUGUCCUCGCAGAGACAAAUGUUGCAGAGGUGGUUGCUUGCAAACAUUACUGACAGAGCGUCUCUUUUCUGCUGAUUGUGUUUUGCAGUAGGCACCAUCUGUUUUUAAAGCAGUGUUUGUGUAAACUUGGACAACAAUGCAAACAUCAAAGAUGUUGGCUCAUUCUCCAUUCUCUUUUUUUCUUUAAAUUUGAGGUGGUCUCAUCUCAUCUUUUAAAAGUAACCUUAUCAUAAGAAGACCAAUUUAUGACCAAUUUUCCACAUUUCCUCCUGUCUGUUAUUCCACAUUGUUGACUGCGUCCAUAUUUAUGUUCUUUGAGGCCACUUUUUCGUUCUGCACCACAUUCCCCACAAGUCAUAUUUGCAUUUUUUGACUGUUCAGAGUUGCCAGGUGUGUUAAUAACAUGGCUGUGACAUAAUUACAUACAAAAAAAAGAAGGAAAAAAACCCAGAAUUAUAGCCUUAACACCUUAUAUCUUGACUUGCCCCUUAAAACAGGCUGGCCCUGUCUCAUGCAAGUGAUCGACUAUAUACCCCGGCCCAUUAUACUCCUGGGUCAAUGGCGAGUCCAUCUUUUGUUACCGUGUUGACUUGCGAGAACAGAGCGAGUGCCAAUAAAGACAGUAAAAUAAUUUGUACUCGUGGAGGUAGUAGCAUUUCGCACACUACUCUUUGUUUAUGAGGCAUUUAAAAAGGUGCGGUUUGUAUAUUUCUGUUGGUUUUCUACAAUUUUACAACAUGACUGUUACUAUUGUAGCCAAACCAUCUGUUUUUGUGCCUUAUCUGUUUUUGUUUUGUGUUUUUAAAUUCCCUCUCUUAGCUGAAAUUAAAGCGAGUCCAGAUGGUA